UUUUCUUUCGUUUCCGGCGAGGUAUGUGCACAAAUUUUGUUUCUCCACGUUUUUCUUAAAAAUAAUUGCAAAUUUCUCAUUUUAGCGGUGAUUAAAAUAUCCAUCGAGCAACAGAAUGGGUCGCGUACGAACCAAGACGGUGAAGAAGGCCGCUAAGGUCAUCAUCGAGAAGUACUACACUCGCCUGACGUUGGACUUCCACACCAACAAGCGCAUCUGCGAGGAGGUGGCCAUCAUCCCCACCAAGCCCCUGCGCAACAAGAUUGCCGGCUAUGUCACCCAUUUGAUGGGCCGUCUGCGCCACUCCCAGGUGCGUGGUAUCUCCAUCAAGUUGCAGGAGGAGGAGCGUGAGCGUCGCGACAACUACGUCCCGGCCGUCUCCGCUCUGGAGCAGGACAUCAUCGAGGUCGACGCCGACACCAAGGAGAUGUUGAAGCUUCUGGACUUCCACAACAUCCGUGGCCUGCAGCUCACCCAGCCCAACACCAACAACUAUGGUCGUCGCAACUAAGAUUUAUAUAGCGCGUAGAUGAUGAUGUUCUGAUUUGCAUGGGAUCACAAUAAACACUUGUGUGAAGUGCAUUUACAGUGUA